AUGUUGUGUAUUUUCUUAAGCAGCCUGUUUGGAAACCUUUUGACCUGUUUCGUUAUCUACGUAGACAAGUCAAUGCAUACGGUUACUAAUUAUUAUUUAUUCAAUUUGGCUGCUGCUGAUUUAAUACUCACUUUUGCAAUGUUGAUAGAAGUUUAUGAUCGAGUCAUCAAUCCGGGCAUGGCCAUGACAGUUUCAUUCUAUGGGUGUUGGUUGCCAUUUAACGCUGUAAGGUUGCUCAUUUGUCUCCUAGAUACCAAGCAAUUAGUCAAUCUAGGCAAGAGGUGGCGUCUACUGUUUCAGGCUGUCAACUUUAAUAGCUGGAUUAGUAGCGUCUUGAAUCCGGUUUUAUUCAGUAUAAUGUCCACCAAAUUUAGAAAAUCGCUAAAGAAUGUAUGGAAUAUAAAAAUCAAGAGAACACGAAAAUAGGAAUAAA